CACAGACUGCCCCUUCUUUUAAGUCUCUGUCAUUUAUGUCUAUAGGCUUCAACUUCCUCCUCACUAGCUAGUCUUGUGAUUAUUCUUCCUUUGAACAAAAAGAAUUUUAAUGGCACAUAAUAGAACUUGUACUACUCUAAGCUCUGAAUCUUCAUCACCUCCAAUUACACCAAAGGGAUCAUUACCUGAAAGGGUUCUUUACAAGAUGCUUGGCUUUGCUGAUUUUUCAAAACGAAACCAAUUAUCUCCUUCCUUCCAUAAGGAUUUUGAAGUCGAUGAAGAACUUCACUUCGACAGUAGCAUUUGUCAGUCUUCUUACCGUGGUGUUUUCGUCGUUCGUCUUGCUAUCAUGGUCAUGCUAGCAAUUUUGAUUGGAAUGCUAACAUUAUUAACAUGGCAUUUUACCAGAGUUUACACAACAAGGUCACUUAACACACUAGCAUUUGGUCUUCGUCAUGAACUUCUGCAGAGACCAAUAUUACGAAUGUGGAACAUUUUGAAUUCCACUGUUGAAAUAACCACUGCUCAGGUUAAGCUGUGUGAGUAUGUAAUCAGAAAGUAUAGCAAGCCUGCUGAUCAAGCUCAACAAGUUGAGCAGCUGUACGAAUCCAUGAAGGAUGUAACGUGGGCUCUAUUUGCAAGUCGGAAAGCUCUUAAUUCCUUAACCAUCAACUAUAGAAAUGGUUUUGUUCAGGCUUUCCACAGAGAUCACAGGAGCAACAAUACAUUCUACAUAUACUCUGAUCUUGCCAAUUAUUCUAUAAGUGGUAUAUAUGAUGUUAAUUUGUUGUCGUCUCGUCAAGGAUGGAAUGAUCAAACUAUACACAACAACAUCUCAGCAGUUUGGUACCGAGAACCCUUAGAUCCCUCUACUGGAGAAAAGAAUGGAAAACGAAGCAUAAUUCCUCCCGAUGAGUUGAUCAACAUUGCUGGAAUAUCUCAAGUACCAGAUGGUGCAGCUUCAUGGCAUGUGGCUGUGAGCAAGUAUACAGACUCGCCGUUGCUUUCAGCAGCGUUGCCAGUUUGGGAUCCAUCGAACAAAAGCAUAGUUGCUGUUGUGGGGGUUACUACAGCUCUUUAUAGUGUAGGUCAAUUGAUGAAAGAAAUUGUUGAAUUCCACAGUGGUCACAUUUAUUUAACCUCUCAAGAGGGAUGGUUGCUCGCUACUUCCACUAAUUCCCCUCUCUUGAUGAAUACUACGAAAGGACCGAAGCUAAUGAUGGCUAUUGAUUCUGAAGACCCAGUUAUACGGUCUGGAGCUGAGUGCUUACAGAAAGAAUAUGGAAACAGGCUUCCCCCAAGUCAAGAAGUGCACAUAGAGAAUGCUAAACUUGGGAACCAGCUCUAUUAUAUUGACUCAUUUUUCCUGCACUUAAAGAGACUUCCAAUGGUAGGAGUUAUCAUUAUUCCAAGGAAAUAUAUAAUGGGGAAGGUAGACGAGAGGGCUAUCAAGACUCUGGUAAUAUUGAUCUCAGCAUCAAUAUGCAUCCUAAUCAUUGGAUGUGUGUUCAUCUUCGUAUUGACUAAUGGAGUGUCGAAGGAAAUGAAACUUAGAGCACAGCUGAUAAGCCAGUUUGAUGCAAGAAGGAAGGCAGAGGCAUCGAGCAAUUACAAAAGCCAAUUUCUAGCAAACAUGAGUCAUGAAUUACGAACACCUAUGGCUGCAGUUAUUGGCUUGCUGGACAUCCUUAUAAGUGAUGGUUAUCUUACAAAUGAGCAGUAUGCAACUAUUACCCAGAUUCGUAAAUGCUCAACCGCUUUGCUUCGCCUUCUGAACAACAUUUUGGAUCUCAGCAAGGUAGAAUCUGGAAAACUGGUGUUGGAAGAAACAGAAUUUGACUUGGCUAAAGAACUUGAAGGACUUGUUGAUAUGUUCUCUGUCCAGUGCAUUAAUCACAACGUUGAGACAGUUCUAGAUAUCUCCGAUGAUAUGCCAAAAUUAGUUAAAGGAGACUCUGCCAGAGUUGUUCAAAUUUUCGCAAAUCUAAUUAGCAAUUCUCUCAAGUUUACUACCUCGGGUUACAUCAUUCUUCGGGGAUGGUGCGAGAGUGCAAACACUUUUUCUCGCGGAGGGAAUUUUACACUUAAUCAGAAAGACUCUUGGUCUGCUCCUAAAGUAAAGUUGAAGCGACAAGAGAGCCAGGGAAAAAAAUUGUCCAAGAAAGAUAACAAAAUGAUCUUGUGGUUUGAAGUUGAGGACUCUGGUUGUGGAAUUGAUCCAAGUAAAUGGGAAUCUGUAUUUGAAAGUUUUGAGCAAGCUGAUCCUUCGACAACUCGCUUGCAUGGUGGCACUGGCCUUGGACUAUGCAUUGUACGUACCCUGGUUAACAAAAUGGGUGGAGAGAUUAAGGUUGUAAAGAAAAAUGGACCAGGGACAGUGAUGCAACUAUACCUUCAACUAAACUGUCCUGCAGAAGUCACUGGACAACACUGCCAGUUCAAUUUUGAAGAGCACAAAAUGAGGGUGUUGCUUGCACUCAAUGGCAGAAUGAGUAGAGAAAUAAUGUUCCAGUGGUUAGAGAGAAAUGGGGUGCAUACUUGCGGAGCAUCUGAUUGGAAUGAGCUCACUCAAAUUCUUCAGGGGAUUUCAAUAUCCAAAAGCCAUUUGCAAGACAUACCUUGUGAAUGUUUAGAACCUGAUGAUUUGAGCAUUCAAGAUUCUAGUGCCCCAUCACUUCUUGUCAUAGUUGUAGACAUUGGCAUACUUGACUUGAGCACAAAUAUAUGGAAGGAGCAGCUAAAUUUUCUUGAUAAAUACUACGACAGAGCAACGUUUGCAUGGAUUCUUUACCAUGACACCCCCAGUACCAUUAAGAUGGAACUGCGAAGGAGACACCUAGUUAUGGUCAAUAGACCACUAUAUAAAGGGAAAAUGAUUCAGAUUUUGGAAACUAUUAUAAAAGAAAAAAAUCAUGAACUGCAGUCCUUUGGCAAUGCAACAGUAGAAGGAGAUUUGCAUGAAUGUCUUGAAAUUGAUCCUAACCACUCUGAUAUUGCCUGCUCAGAUGACUCUGACAAGUCAGAUAACGGAAAUGAAAAAUGUGGAAGUGCCUUCCUUUCUGAAAAAAAUAGGGAAGAAAAUUUUGCCAAAGCCUCUCUCUCACAUGUUGGGACAUUAAACAACUACUACAUUGACUUCAAUGAAGAAAACACUUCGGACAUGAAUGAUCUCAGACAAACGAGGAAUGGAGAACAUCAUUUGACAAGCAGUCCCACCAAAGAGGUCACUAAUGCCUGCUCAGAUAAGAUAGCAGACCAGAAGUCUCUAGCUGAUCUUCGUAUACUGCUUGCUGAGGAUACUCCAGUGCUGCAAAGAGUAGCUAGAAUAAUGCUGGAAAAAUUGGGAGCUAAAGUGGUUGUUGUAGGAGAUGGGCUGCAGGCAGUGGAUGCACUAAAACCCAUGUCUAGUUCUGAUGAAUGUAGAUAUGAAUCUCUUCUGGAAGAAGGCAGUUCAAUUACCCUCCAAGUUGAAAGCGUUCAUUCCCUUCCUUAUGACUUGAUCCUCAUGGAUUGUCAAAUGCCAAAGAUGGAUGGCUAUGAAGCAACAAAGGCAAUUAGAAGAGCGGAAAUGGGGACAGGAACACAUAUACCUAUUGUUGCACUGACAGCUCAUGCAAUGUCAUCAGAUGAAGCAAAAUGCUUACAGGUUGGUAUGGAUGCUUAUUUGACCAAGCCCAUUGACAGAAAGUUGAUGGUUUCCACCAUUCUUUCCUUGACCAAGAGAAAAUCCUAGCCACCAUACCUCUCCAGCUACUGAAAAACAAAAACAGAAGAUAAUAAACAAAAAUGGAAGAGCUCCGAAAACUUGUGAGCUUGAGCAGAGUUUUGAUGAGCAAAAGUUUUGCAGUCUGUACAGGAAUGUUCUAACUUUGUAUCUGUUCUAUAGCUUAUGCAGAAAUUCUAAUUAAUAAGCGUAUAUAACACUGCACGCGCUGGCUUUUUUUCUUUUUAUAGUUAGCUUAAGCAGAGUGUUGAUUAGCAAAAUAUUGGCAAUCUGUACAGGAGAUGUAUGUAUCACAUUGAACACUAAUUUUGUUAUCUGUUAUAGUAUAUGCAAAAGUUUGUAAUAAGCGUCUUCAAUAUUACUGCUGGUUCUUUUCUC